AGCCCUAUGUGUUUCUUCCUCUUGCGGACGAGGAACACGUGUUGACAGCAUGGAGGCGCUACCGGAGGAUGUGCGAGAGUUCCUCGCCCAACAUCCCGAGCUGGAGCUAGUUCCGGGAAAAAAGGUUCGUUUCACCGUGACUGGACAUGAGCUGCCCUGUAGACUCCUUGAUCUGCAGAAAUUCAUUGCUGGGAAGAAAUACAAGAACUUGAUGGAAGUAUCAUUUGAUGGCAGCAAAUAUGAGCCCCACAUUAUCCCCAGCACCAAGAACAAAGGUCAGCUGUUCUGUAAGCUAACAGUACGUCACAUCGCAAAGCGCCUGGAAGAUGUUCAGAGACACAUCAAUGGAAGCCGCUACCAGCGAGCACUGCAGAAAUACGAGGAAUGCCAGAAACUGGGGGUGGAAUAUGUGCCUACUUGUCUCCAGAACAAGUCCAAGCAACGCAAAUUGGGGGAUGAGCAACAAGCUGGCAAAAAAGAACAAAUGUGGGAACUGGAUAAUAGCGGUGCUGAGGACAGCGACUCCAGCGACAGCAUGAGUGACCUUUAUCCAGCACACAUGUUCACAAAGAAAACCAUAGAUGGGGAAAAUGGUGAAGUAAAGUCAGACAGUAAUGAAGAGAUGGAAGUGGAGGAGAGUGUUAAUAACAGCCAGAGAAAACGGCCACAGAAGCAGACAGGGCCCGCUCUCAAAAAGUUAAAAAGUCACCAUAAGAAAUCAAAAAAUACCAAGACGUCUUCAAAAAAGUGA